CAAGAAUACGAUGACUGGUGAAUGGAAGAAGGUUGUUGAGACGUACGAGCAACACAAAUUAUUAGCCAUUGAUGCCAGGAUCAACAAGUCAGGGGACACGGCAUUUCACGUAGCUGUCUCCAUUGCGCCCGAAGAAAAGGUUCAACAACUUGUACGUGAAAUUACCGGUGUUUCGGAGUUGGGUUUGUGGACAAAAAACAAUAAAGGGAAUACCCCUUUGCAUGUGGCAGCUUCAACGGGGAGAUUGAACAUAUGCAUCCUUCUUGCUAAUAAAGUAACUCAAGAUUUGGACAUUCAAGAUUUGGUGAUUAAAGAUUUAUUUCGUAACAAUGUCGGUGAGAGCCCUCUCUUCUUAGCCGCUUUUCAUGGUUACAAACCAAUCUUCCUUUACCUGCAUUUGCUGCUCUUGAAAGCCUCCGACACCGACAUCAAAUCAAUCGAUCCUGCCUACAGAAGGAAUGAUGGUGAGACUGCCCUUCACUGUGCAAUUAGAUGGGAGUAUUUCGACGUGGCAUAUGAGAUGCUUCUAAAGGAACCAAGUCUUGCAUAUGCUGUGAACGAGGUAGGAAUCACCCCUUUGCAUCUCCUAGCAAGUAAGCCUUCGGUCUUCAAAAGUGGUUCCCACAAUGGAUGGUGGAAGAGCAUCAUUUAUCAUUGUAUAUAUGUUGAAGACCUGAUGCCCGAAACUACUCGUCAAGAAUUGAUUGAUUCUGUCAUUAAUAAAGAAAUAGAUAAAUCUUCCGAAACCGCAGACAACAAUUUCCCAAAGAACUACCAAACAUGCAUCCACUUCUAUCAAGUGUUGCGGAGUUUAGCUCACUCUGUGAUUGAAAGAUGCAAAGUUUCUCCUCAAAAAAAAGAAAGAUGCAAAGCCCAGACUGCAGAUGUAGAGAGUCCCAAGCCCAACGUAUCGAAUGUUACUGACCAAUCAGUACAAAAAGAUUCUACAGAAUCACUUCAUCAAUUUCUUCGGAGACAUUACGAGGGCUGUUUUACCGUUUUCCAUCUUUUGUACACAAUAUUCGUCCGGAUUAUUCUGGGCCUUGGCUAUGAGGGUAUAAGGAGUAGAAAACGGAAGCAUGUAUAUUCUGUUCAAAUCAUGAAAAUUCUGAUGGAAAGUACAAGCAAAGAAGCUAAGUCCGACUUCACAAGUGGGACGAACCCUCACCAAACAAUCAACCAGCAAGACUGGAUGCCGGAGGGAUCACCACCACCAUUUCUGGACAACACAACUGAACAUGGAAACAAGAGAAACGAAACUGCUUUUACUUUAGAAGUGACUAUCAAAAAAGAAACUGCUUUAGAAGAGAAAAAGGAUGGAACAGCAGGAAAAGGGGAAACGCCUGAAAUGGCAAAUGCAGACACAACUCUACUUAUUUUACUACGAGGAAAAGGGGAAACGCCUGAAAUGAAAAAAACAGAGGCACCCAUAUUGGUUGCCGCAAGAAAUGGUAUCACGAACACGGUCGAGCAAAUACUUCAAAAGCUUCCAAUGGCCAUGAAUGACAAGAGCAAAGAAAGAACAGAGACAACCAUAUUGCUUGCGGCAAGAAAUGGUAUCACAGAAAUUGUUGAGCACAUACUCAACAAGUUUCCAUUGGCCAUUGAUGACAAGAGUGAAGGUCAAAAUAUUGUGCUUUUGGCCGCGAAGAACAGGCAAACACAUGUAUUGCAACUAUUGCUUGAGCAAGAGUUUGUGAAACGCAAGCUAAUUCAUGAAGUGGAUUGGGAUGAAAAUAAUGCAUUGCAUCUGGCAGCCCAGAUAGGAAAGCAAAGGCCUUGGCUAAUUCCUGGUGCUGCAUUGCAAAUGCAGUGGGAAAUCAAGUGGUACGAGUUUGUAAAAGACAACAUGCCGCAACACUUUUGCUAUCAAGUCAACAAGGAGGGCAAGACCCCAGAAGAAAUCUUUAGCGAGACACAUGAGGACUUAGUCAAACAGGGAGGCGAGUGGCUAAACAAAACCUCUGAAUCCUGCUCAGUUGUGGCUGCACUCAUUGCCACCGUUGCCUUUGCCUCGUCGACCACUAUUCCAGGCAACAUCAAUGAAGAAAACGGGAAACCAAACCUUGAAAGCCACUCAAUGCUCACCAUCUUUGCCGUCUCCUCACUAAUUGCCUUGUGCUUCUCCAUCACUGCCUUGUUCUCGUUUCUUGCCAUCCUCACUUCCCGAUAUGAACAAAAAGAUUUUCGUAGAGACUUGCCAAAGAAACUUUUGCUUGGCUUAACUUCUCUCCUCGUAUCCAUUACAUCAAUGUUGGUUUCUUUUUGUGCUGGACAUUACUUUAUGCUCAAGAAUAAACUAAAAGACAAGGCCUUUCCAGUAUAUGCAGCGACAUGCUUGCCGAUAGUCUUUUUUGCCAUACAACAGUUGCCACUCUACGUUGAUAUUGUAUGGGCUAGUUUCAAGAAUGUGCCCCGAUCAAGCUAUAAGGCUAUUUCCCUCUAGAGGUUUCUUCUACAUUAUAGAAACCUUUUAUUUUUAAUGUUUGUACUUUUUCUAUCAAUCGAGAUUGAUGGUGUGC